AUGCUACGCCGGAAAAACGUCCCAUUUACGUGGGGCCCAAAACAACAACAAGCGUUCACAUCACUUGCGCACUACGACGAGCAAUUACCUCUAGUGCUUGCCACUGAUGCUUCAUCUUAUGGCAUUGGUGCAGUGCUUUCGCACACCUAUCCUGAUGGCACGGAACAUACCCGUGUAGUUAUUCCAGCAUCUUUGAAACAACAAGUUCUUCAAUUACUUCAUGAUGGUCACUGGGGUACAUCCAGGAUGAAACAAUUAGCCAGACAACACGUAUGGUGGGUGGACAUCGACAACGAUAUUGCCAAGCUCGCUGCAAAGUGCGACAUAUGCAAAGCUGUAAACCCUGCUCCAGCACGAGAAUACGAAGGUUGGCCUGAACCAAACCAUCCAUGGGAAAGGGUCCACGUCGACUUUGCAGGCCCGUUUUUCGGUUCUAUGUGGCUCAUUUGUGUGGAUGCAUUCUCGCAAUUUCCAUUCAUUGCUCAACUGACGACUACAACUACAGCUGAUACAAUUUCUGCGCUAGCUGCAAUUUUCGCUAUCGAAGGAAUUCCAAACACUCUCGUAAGUGACAACGGUCCACAGCUCACAUCAGAGGAGUUUAAGAUUUUCUGCGCUCAUCUGGGUAUUAAGCACUUAACUAGCGCACCGUUCCAUCCGGCAUCUAACGGUCUUGCUGAAAGAUUUGUUAGGACUUUCAAAUCCGCCGUGAAGAAAAACGUUGACGACGGACUACAGCUAAGAGCAGCUGUAACAAAGUACCUAUCGACAUAUCGUUCCAUGCCUAACGCUGAGGGAAAAUCGCCUGCCGAAAUUCUACAUGGCAGACCGGUACGAACUUUGUUAAGCCAGAUUUUCGAGACAUCGACGGUAAAAACAAAAGAUGGAGCACGCAAAAGCAAGUUCGUCAUAAACGAACCGAUCUUCGCUCGAAACUACGCUAAAGGGGAAAAGUGGUUACAAGGCAUAAUUACAAGGCAACUCGGAAAAAUGCUCUACGUCGUGAAGACUUCCUACGGGUACUUGAAACGACAUGUAAACCAACUUAAAUCCAGGGUUAGCACCAACGUAAGCUCUCAAGAAGAAUCAGAUUUGGUAACUUGGGUUCCGAAAGCAGACGACUCUACAUCGACACCUGACGAACCGAACGGGCAGCCUAUGGAAGAUGGCUCAUCACAAGGUGAUCUCCAACUUCGCAGAAGUGCACGUACUCGACAGAAUAUUAAUCGCUAUGAAGCGAAAGAUUUUCGUAAAUAA